AUGGCCAGCAGUUCAACAAAUGCUGGUGACUCACAGAAUGAUGUCAAGGAUACACUGGACACAAUGACAAACGAUGAUAUCAUUGCACAGUUCUAUCGAAAGAUCCUUGCAUGGGAUGUCUCUAAUCUGAAGCCAACUGACAAGAACCUUAAAGAUGUAAAGGUUGCAUUUGAAGGAAGAAGAGAUUAUAUAGAUACAUUUGAACCAUUGUUGUUGGAAGAGUGUAGAGCACAGUUGGAGAGAGCGAUUGAUGAGGGCGAGAAACAGGAUAUAGAGGCGGAGCCUGUGUACAGCCGAGUACGUUAUAUAUCAGAGAAUGAAGACUUCUUGGACGUUGGAUUGGUGAUGGAGAAGGAAGCCCAGAUGUACUUCUUCCACGAGAACGAUCUGAUGAUGGUGUCCUUACAUCAUCCAAUGAUCCUGUUUGGCGCAGACGAGAACGAGGAGGUCACCGACGACGAAGAGACCUCGCCCAAUUUGCACGCGAAUGGCGCGUCAACCGCCGCUGGCGAGGACCCCGAGAAGGUGUUCACGCUGGACAGCAAAAAGAAGAAGAAGGCGAUCCCGCCAUCAAAGGUGCCCGUCACCGAGGAGAACAGAUAUCUGCAUCUCGUGGGCACGGUCGAGCAGUUUGAGAUGGGUGGCAUCAAGGUCAGAUUCUGCAUCAAGAACAUCACAGGCGAUCGUGGACGUCAAAUGAACCUUCUCCUCCGUUACGAGAUGGACUGGUGGACCACCAAACUCUGCAACUGCUCAACACUUCAGCGUGAGUACCUUGCACUCUAUCUCACAGCCAAGACACCAUUCAUGAAGACAUUGCUCUUGUCAGAGGAAGAGAUUGGACAACCAAUGAAGAUCCCUCCUGCAUUGAAGGAGAAGUUCGAGACGAACUAUAACUCAUCACAGUUUGGCGCAUUGACAUCAGCGUUGGAUGGAUCAAACAUUACAUUGAUCCAGGGUCCACCAGGUACGGGUAAGACUCACGUCAUUGUUGGUUUGAUCAGUGUCCUGCUGCACAGUGUGGAGAUACCCAAACAAGAAGCAGAGGCAGCACAUCAAGAGGUCGACAACAGAGAGUUAUAUAGAUUCGAGAAGGAUGAUCUUUGGAAAAUCGCACAGCCAUGGACACGUCCUACAUUCACUCAUGCAAGAGACGACUUUACAGCGAUUGUUGGAUCGUUUGAAGAGACAGAGGAGAAGAGGAAGAGGGACUUGUGGAGGAAGUUGAGAGAGACUGGAACGACAAAGAAUGUUGAGCGAAAGAGAAGGAUCUUGCUAUGUGCACCAAGUAAUGGUGCCGUGGACGAGAUUGUCACGCGUCUCAUCAGAGACGGCAUAUUGAAUCACGAGGGCAAGGCUUACAAACCAAGCAUUGUUCGUGUUGGACCUGGUUCACAUCGCGAUGUCGAGGAAGUCACAUUGGAACAUAUGGUACGAUGCCGUCAGCAGUUGAUGAACUCCAACACGGCGAUCCCAUCGUCGUCUGCGUCGACGGCCAUGGCCACCACAUCGUCCAAGUCCAACACGGACACAAACAGCAUCAGAACAGUGAUCCUGGAGGAGGCCGAGAUCGUGGCCACCACGCUCUCAUUCUCUGGCUCGACGCUGCUGACUAAGAUGAGCGGCUUUGACAUUGUGAUCAUUGAUGAGGCGGCGCAGGCCGUCGAGACAUCCACACUGGUGCCCAUGCAGCACAAGUGCAAGAAGAUCGUGCUGGUCGGCGAUCCCAAGCAGCUGCCCGCCACUAUCAUCUCCCCACUGGCUAUCAAGCAGAAGUUUGAUCAAUCAUUGUUCCAGCGUCUGCAGGAACGCAAGCAGCCACACAUGCUCACCACUCAAUAUCGUAUGCACUCGACCAUCCGUACAUUCCCCUCGCGACACUUUUACAACGACCUGCUCGAGGACGGUCCCAAUAUCCCAGCGCGCGCCACCAACUACCACGCCAACCCAUUCUUUGGCCCAUUCACAUUCUUUGACUUGCAGUUCUCGGUCGAGACCAAGCCCGGCGGCGGCUCAGUCUUCAACGAGGACGAGUGCAGGAUGGCAUACUAUCUCUACCAGCUCCUGCUCAAGACCUACCCGGAUGAGGUGUUCAAUGGCAGGAUCGGCAUCAUCUCGCCAUAUCGUCAGCAGGUGCUAUCGAUGCGAGAGUACUUCAAGAACUAUCCCGACAUUAGUGUGGACACUGUCGACGGUUUCCAGGGACGAGAGCGUGAGAUCAUCAUCUUCUCGUGUUGCAGGGCACCUGCUGAGAAGGGUGCUGGCAUUGGUUUCCUUGCCGAUGUAAGACGUAUGAAUGUGGCCCUUACCAGACCUCGAUCAUCGCUCCUAGUCAUUGGCAAUUCCCGAGCACUAUGCGUCAACUCUGACUGGUAUGAGCUACUCAAACAUGCUCAAGAUACCAAUACAUUGAUCCCAAUUGAUAACAAGGACCUGGACACCGUUGUAAAGACGUUCACAUCAGCAGAGAUGUUUGGAGAGAUGUCUGCAAAGGGACAGGAGGUUGUGUUGAGCAAACCAUUGAUAGGAGAGGAUUUGGAGAUUCAAAAGAAGAAGGAUGCAAAGUUGAAGAGAGAUCAAAGAAAGAACUCGAAGCGAAACAGAGGCGGCAAGAAGGCCAAGCCUGUCGAACAGCCACCACAAACACAACCAAAGAAGAAGGCCAGGUCGGCAGCGAGCAAAGGUGAUUCAACUGUUGACGCGCCAAGCUAG